AUGCAAUUAAAGGAGGAACUUAUUAUGAUCAAGAAAGGGAAUCAAUCGGUUCAGGAAUACCUACACACUGUCAAAGCCCUUGCUGACGAAAUAUCUCUCAUUGAUCAUCCUAUUUCAGAAGAUGAUCUAACUCUGUACAUCCUCAAUGGACUAGGAAGCGAUUUUCGCGAAAUCGCAACACCUAUUUGUGCUCGGGAAAAGCCAUUAACGUUCGAGGAACUUCAUGAUCUCCUCGUCGGACACAAUGCAUACCUUCGCCGUCUGGACGCCACCACUCAGCAACUGGUUGCGUCAGCCAACUACUAUAAUCGGCGUUUUGGAUCUUCAUCCGACAACCAUAACUCUAAGGGCUUCUCCAAAAAUGGGUCUGGCCAUGACAAUGGUUCCUCCAAACCAGACUCCAACUUGGGCUCCUAUCGUCAAUCUGGAGGCUCAAAAGACUAUAAAAAAAAUUACAAGUCCAAUGGCCAGUGUAGGUAUACACCAAAAUGCCAGAUAUGUGAUGCACUGGGUCAAAUUUGGGUAUGUUCGAGGGUUGGGCCAUUCAGUUGUACCUGA